GCGGCAAAUGCGCUCGGCAACCUCGCCAAGGCCGCGAUCGGCCUCGGCGUCACCGGGACCGCGCUUAACGCGUCCAUGUACGACGUCGACGGAGGCAAGGCCGCGGUGAUGUUCGACCGCUUCCGCGGCGUCCUCCCGAAGGCCGUCGGCGAGGGCACGCACUUCCUCGUGCCGUUCAUCCAGAACCCGACCGUCUACGACAUCCGGACGCGACCGAAGUCGAUCAGCUCCGUGACCGGGACGAAGGAUCUGCAGCAGGUGAACCUGACGCUCCGCGUGCUGUGCCGCCCGGACGUCGAAAACCUCUCGGAGAUCCACAAGAACCUCGGGCAGGACUACGACGAGCGCGUGCUGCCGUCGAUCGGGAACGAGGUCUUGAAGGCGACCGUCGCGCAGUUCAACGCGGACCAGCUCCUGACGCAACGCGACGAAGUCUCGAAGAGAGUCGCCGCGGCGCUGCGUCUCCGCGCGAAGGACUUCAACAUCGUGUUGGAGGACAUCGCGCUGACGCACUUGUCGUUCUCCGCGGAGUACAGCAGGGCGAUCGAGGCGAAGCAGGUGUCGCAGCAGGACGCGGAGCGAUCGAAAUUCAUCGUGCUCAAGUCUGAGCAAGAGCGCGAAGCCGCGGUCAUCCGCGCGGAGGGCGAGUCCGAGUCCGCGCGGUUGAUCUCGCAGGCCACGCGCAGCGCGGGCCCGGCGCUCGUGGAGCUCAGAAGGAUCGAGGCCGCGAGGGAGGUCGCGCAGACGUUGUCGAAGAGCAGGAACGUGAUGUACCUCCCGGGCGGGAACUCGAACAUGCUCCUCGGUCUGAACCCGUGA